UUCUCUGGCCUUCGCCUUCGAAAGCUUUAUCUGGUAAUCGAAAGACAAAUUGUAAACUUCAGGCUAGAAAUUACUCGAUUCUGUUCUAGGGUUUUAAUACUUCAGUUUUUUCAAUAGCUAUUAUUAUUAUCAUUAUUAUUAUUAUUAUUAUUGCGUGUUUUUAAAAUUUAUUUUUCUAUGUUAUGUUUUAUGAGUUUUGGAUUGAUUCUUUAUGGUGCCUUGAAUUAGGAAAAACAAGUGGCGAAAAAUCAUCCUUGGAAAGCUUCGCAAUUUGAGAUUUUGUUAGGGAUUUUGUUGUCAAUUUCGUGGAAGAGCCCUUUCUGAUUUAGGUUUUUUUGUUAUUUGGAUCUCAGGGAUUGCAUAAAGCAGGUUAAUAUCAUCUGGGGUUGAAUUUUACAGGCAAUCAUGUCAGUCACAGCCGGUGUCAGUGAUAUUGCUCUAGCUGUCAGGGACAAGCUUAGAGGUAAAAUUGGGCAAACUAAAGUUAAAAGGUAUUGGCCUGGCAAAGCACCCGAGUGGGCUGAUGAUGCUGAUGAAGAUGGGGAUAUCAAAAUGGCUAGGGCAGAUGCCCUGGAGAAAGCUUUUCCUACUCAGGAAGAUUCAGAUUUUGCUAGGAAAGAUGAUCCUAGACUGCGUCGUCUGGCUGAGAGCAGGAUUGAUAACCGUGACGAAGUGAGAGCUGAUCACCGGCGCAUCCGGCAAGCUGAAAUUAUUGCAACAGAAGAGGAGGAAACCCGGAGACAAGAAUGGGCAGAUAUGGAGGAAGAGAAUGAGGAAGCCUUGGAGGAAAGAAGAAGAAGAAUUAAGGAGAAGUCACGUCUGAGAGAGCAAGAAGAAGCUGCACUUCCGGCUGAAGAAGAGGAGGAAGAAGCGGAAGAAGAGGAGGAAGAGGAAUCUGAAUAUGAAACUGACUCUGAAGAAGAAACAAUGGGUUUGGCCAUGGUCAAGCCAAUCUUUGUGCCAAAGUCUGAGAGAGAAACCAUAGCUGAGCGUGAGCGGCUUGAGGCUGAAGAACGAGCUAUUGAGGAAAAGGAAAGGAGGAAAUUGGAGGAAAGGAAGGUGGAGACAAAGCAAAUAUUGGUUGAGGAGAUUCAGAAGGAGGAACUAAUUCAGAAGAAUUUGGAAAUGGAGGCAAAUAUUGCCGAUGUGGACACCGAUGAUGAAGUCAAUGAGGCAGAGGAGUAUGAGGCUUGGAAGGUGAGAGAGAUUGCAAGGAUCAAAAGGGAUAGAGAUGAUCGUGAGGCAAUGUUGAAGGAGAAGGAAGAGAUUGAGAAGGUGAGAAACAUGACAGAUGAAGAGAGGAGGGAGUGGGAGAGGAAAAAUCCGAAACCUGCCCCACUACCAAAGCAGAAGUGGAGGUUCAUGCAGAAAUACUACCAUAAGGGUGCUUUCUUCCAGAAUGAGCCUGAUGAUACUGCUGCCACUACUGGGUCAGAUUCAAUUUACAAGCGUGAUUUCUCCGCCCCAACUGGAGAAGAUAAGAUGGACAAAUCCAUAUUACCUAAAGUUAUGCAAGUCAAACACUUCGGCCGUAGUGGAAGAACCAAAUGGACGCAUCUUGUCAAUGAGGAUACAACUGAUUGGAACAACCCGUGGACGCACAAUGAUUCUCUUCGUGCGAAGUACAAUGGAAAAAUGGCCGGAAUGAAUGCACCUAUAAGUAGACCUAGAGGAAGCAAGAAGUUGAAGGAUUGGGAUGUGUGAUAAAUUUUGUCAGUGUAGUCGUCUCCAGCCCAAAUCAUUCUCGCUCCUGUCUUUAACUGGAGAUAUUAAAAGGGAUCUAAAUUGUGUAACUGUUGAAAUCUCUAGAUUCUUGGCAAUUAUUAUAUAGGUUCAUCAUCAUGCCCUUUUUGUAGUGUAACUUUUUAUCUUAAUCAUGGUGCAGAACAAGCAAUUAGGCAUUUUCAAUGAAUGAAUAAUUUCAUUUGCAAA